AUGAAAUUCACUUUAGUGUCAUUUGUAAAAUAACAUUUGUCAAAUUUUUGUGCCAUGUAGUAACAAUAAGAUGAAAAAUUAUACAAGUAAUAAAUUUCUUUAAAAUUAAUUUUUAAAAAGCGAAAACGUUGCAAUGGAUUUAUGAUGUUAGCCAGUACUAAGGUCUUUGUUAGAGCCUACUGGCCUAUUGCAACGCGUUUCGCAAAUUUAUCAGGAGUAGAAAACAAUUGUUACUUUAUUAGGAGUCCAGAGGUUUUGACAUGUAACAUUACUUAUAAACGGAGUAUUACAUCCAUCCAUGAAGAAUUUACUAGAAACUUUCGUCCAAUUGAACCGAGAAAGGAUUUAAACCACAUAUUACACAACUCAAAGCGCCAUGGCGAUUUUGUUAAGAAUUUUUCGAGGACUUUUAUGUUUCGUCAAGAUAAAGACAUACCAAAGAAAGGAAAAAAACGUAUUCCUAAACUGAUUUUAUUACAAAAUCCUUUCACUUGGAUUAUGAUCAAAAUAGAUUUUAGUGUAUUAAGACGUGUAUGGGACCCCGAGUUUCAAGAAAACGAGUUCAAAUUUGGAACUCGGCAGGCGAUAUCUCGGGUGACGCAAGUUAUAAGCGAGGGUCAAUAUGGCGAAUUAAAUGGAUUGCUUACAAAAGCUGCACGGUCGAGUCUAGUACGAGAACUAGAUCGUAAUUGGAGUGAAAAACAGCGAUCUUUGAUAGCUCUUAAGAGUGAUGACAUACAAAUUUCAUCACCACGGAAAGUCUAUUUCAUAAAAAUUGGUGAUAAAAGGUUUUGUGACGUAGACAUGGCAUUUUUAGCAUUGAAAUGGGCUCCAAUUAAUAGCAUCGAAGCGCUCUUAUUUGCUGAAAUAUUUGCCCGUUUUCAUCGUGAGUACACACCGCACUGUAUACCGGAAUGGACAAUAGCUUAUUUUAAAGUGACUCGUUUUGAAAUUUUACGUCGAUAGCGAUUCUUAAUCCUAUAAAAUAAACAAUAUAAAUAUUUACUAUAUAAGCGUGUGUACGAAAUCAACUGUCACUAAAAUAAUCCUGAUACAAAUUCUAAGGUACCUACGCUUCAAAUGUAAU